AUGGCUGCAUCUCUCGCGCACAAUCACAGCUCUUACCUCUACAACUCCACCUCCUCGCCACUGAGCCUUUUACGAAAACGAGCCGCUGAGCCCAAAGCAAACCAAAGCUCCGACCAGCCGAAGUUUCCUAAAUUGGUUCGUGGAAUCCGAAAACUUUCGAAGAAUCCGAGCACCUGGAUUAAACCCCUCAACAACUAUGCGCUCAAACAGGCUCUUCGGGAGUAUGUUGAAUCUGGAUCCAUGGAGGAUGCACUCUGGGUGUUCGAGAAAAUGUCCCAUUCAGAUACGUAUUACUGGAAUGUUAUGAUUAGAGGUCUCGCUGAUAAUGGGUUGUUCCGGGAGGCGAUUGAUUUUUAUCAUAGUAUGCAAAGGGAAGGUGUUCGAGCUGAUAAUUAUACCUACACAUUUGUGAUCAAGGCUUGUGGUAGGUUGUUAUCGUUGGAUGUAGGGCAAAAGGUUCAUGGGAAGUUGUCUAAGGUCGGUUUGGAUUUGCAUGUUUAUGUCGGUAACUCGCUUUGUGCUGCGUAUGCGAAACUUGGUUGUAUAGAGUAUGCAGAGAGAGUGUUUGAUGAAAUGCCUGUUAAAUACUUGGUUUCUUGCAAUUCUAUGAUUGGCGGGUAUGCUGCUGUUGGGGAUUGUUGGAGGGCGAUGGUUUGUUUUCAGGAAAUGCAGGUGCUUGGGAUGAAGCCUGAUAUAUUCAGUAUGAUUGGCAGUCUUAAUGCUUGUGCUAUUGAGUGCUUUCUCCAACCCGGGAAAGAAAUCCAUUGCCAGGUGCUGAAAUGUAUGCUUGAAUCAGAUGUCAUGGUGCAGACCUCGCUUAUUGAUAUGUACCACAAAUGUGGUAGAGUGGAACAUGCAGAGAGGUUGUUUGAUGAGAUUUGCACCAAGAAUGUUGUGGUUUGGAAUGCCAUGAUACGUGGGUAUACUCAAAAUGCUCGUCUGCUUGAGUCACUUUCUUGCUAG